GAUUCUGUCCUUCACCUCAGCGAGUCAAAUCCACUCAGUACCCGUUGAGCAGUGAGAGGGGAAGGACGUGCGCUGGUCUCAUUCUCCUGCCUGUGCUUACCUGCUUCCUGCCCCCUUCACCGUUCCACCUCCUCCCUUCUUGUAUAGCCACCACCGCCGCCGCCGCCAUGCCCCCAGGGACCACCAAGCUAGUGUACGAGGUGCUGGAGCCCGGGGUGAAGCCCCUGGCUGGCCUGGCCGUGCCCGUGGUGCCCCCCGUGCCCCCCGCCUCUCGCCCAGGCCAAGGAAGCCCUCAAGCCCCCGCGCCGCCCCGCCCCUACACACAGAACAGCGCUCCUGAGCCCCCACACACCCCUCAGGACGACUCCCACGGGUCCAGCUGGCUGCAUGAGCCCCCGGACUGUCCCUUUGACCUGCACGGCUCUCUCUUUGACACUCGCCAGGAAGCGCACGGCAAGAGGGCCGUGGAGCACCUCUCCUCGGGGUCCGAGCACUGCGGGGGGGGCGUGGCUGCGCGCCCUCAGCAAGAUGGAGUUGCUGAUGGCAGUGGGCGGCUACUUCGGUUCCCUCAACACUGUGCAGGCCGUGCGGCUCAGCGCCACCCAGCCCAUCCUGCCGCAGGACGUGCGCGCCGCCAUCACGCUGGUGGCCAGACGCACAGAGCUGCUGCAGACGUGUGUGUCGUGGCGGUGGGCGUGGCCGUGGUUCCGCCGCCGCUUGCACAUUGCGGCGCCCUUCCGUGUGGCGCGGGAGCCGCUGAUGGAGGCGUAUUACAACAUCCUGGAAGUGCCUUACGACAUGUCCCGCGGACCGCUGUGGCGGGCAUGCCUGGUGCCAGAGGGGCGUGGCGCGGCGGGCGAGCACCGCGCCGUGCUGAUGAUAGCCGUGCACCACUGCCUCAAUGACGGCUACACCAACGCCGUGCUGUUCAGGGAAGUGAUCAGCGUACUCAACGGGGCCAUGCAGGGGCGCCGCCACCUGCCGCCCCUCAGGCCCCUGGCGCCCGCCAUAGCGGACCAGCUGCUGGGGCCCCGCGAGCUGCUGGCCGCCGCCGCCUUCACCGUGUACAAGUUCUUCACGCCCACGCUGGGCAGGUUCAACAGCAAGGUGUACUUCAAGGGCGCCGUGCCGCGCCCCAGCGCCCGCCACGCCCGCACCGCCCGCACUCGCGUGCUGCACGCCGAGAUGACGGAGGAGGCCACCACGCAGCUGCGGCGGCGGUGUCGCGAGGCAGGCGUGACCGUGCACGCCCUACUGUGCGCCGCCGCGCAGGUCGCCAUCCUUCACACGGCCGGCGCCUUCGGCAGGCCGCCGCCCAACGAGGCGCUGGUGCGCGUGUUCAACUGCGUGAACCUGCGCCGCUACUUCCGCGAGGAGGACCGCGAGGCGCUGGGCUGCCUCAUCUCCAUCGAGGAGGAGGAGACGCGCGUGAUGCUGCAGGACGCCGCCUCGGGGGACGCGUUGUGGGAGCUAGCGCGGCGCGGCUACGCGGCACUCAAGGUCAGCCUGGAGGAGGAGCGGCGCCCCCUGCGCACACUGGCGGCCUUCACGCCCGUGUCGCUGCUGAUCCCCGUGAACUACUUGCUGACGCGCCUCGGCCUGCCCAACCUGAACGACAACCACGUCAUCACCACCAACAUGGGGGACCUGCGCCCCCUGCUGCACCCCGGGGAGGGGCCCGUUAAGCCCACACACAUGAUGCGCUGCGUCAGUGACGCCUACACGGGGCACCCCUACACCCUGGUGGUGCAAACCUUCGCGGGGCGCUUCAGCGUCACCCUCGAGUACUACUCCACUAAGACCACGCCCGCCGUGGCCCGCACCUUCUUCACCACCCUCAUCGACCUGAUGCUGGACCUGGCGAUCACCGGGGCGCCCGCGCCAGGCGGUGGCCCGCACCGCGCCGCCGCCCUGCAUCACGACAAGUUCUGCCCCGAGACUGACGACCCCGACCACGACCCCGACCACGACCCCGACCAGGACCCCGACCACCACCACCACCACCACCAGGAGAAGGCCCGCUGACCGCUGACAAUGACCACGGUGUGUGUGUGUGUGUGUGUGUGUGUGUGUGUGUGUGUGUGUGUGUGUGUGUGUGUGUCAGCAGUAGUAUCUAACUUGCAUAGUUUGUAUUGUAUGUAAAUCUUUCAUUAUGAUAUUAUUAUGAUAUUAUUAUUAUCAUUAUUAUUAUUAUUAUUAUUAUUAUUAUUAUUAUUAUUAU